AUGCUGAACGCGCUGGCAGCGUACCACGCUCCAGAGGAGGCCGAGCGCUCUGAGGCUCGCCUGGUCUCGGUGGCUGGCAGUCAGGAGCUGUGUCAGAUCCUCCAGGACGUGGGAGACGACGUGUAUCAGCAGUACAGGCUGACCAGGCAGGGCAGCGACUUCGACUCGCAGACUGGAUUCACCCUCAAUGCUCAGGUGUUUGCAGCGGACGGCAGUGUAGCCGAGUCAUCGCAGUCAGGAACGCCGCAGGGAGAAGCCUCCACCCCAGAGGAGCCCCGUGAUGGGAAGAAGGAGAAAGAGAAGGAGGGGGAGAAGGAAGACUCCAAGCUGAAGUCCAAGGGCAGCAAGCCCCUGAUGCCCACCUCCACCAUCCUGAGGCUGCUGGCAGAGCUGGUGAGGUCCUACAUGGGCAUCGCCUCCCUCAUCACCGGCUACUCCUACACCGCAGGGCAGUCUGAGCUCAUCAAGGAGGACUGCAGUGUGCUGGCGUUCGUGCUGGAUCACCUCCUGCCCCACACUCAGAGCGCGGAGGAUAAGGACACCCCUGCCCUUGCGCGGCUCUUCCUGGCCAGCCUGGCGGCUGCGGGGACGGGCACCGAUGCCCAGGUGGCCCUGGUGAAUGAGGUGAAGGCAGCGCUGAGCCGGGCGCUGGCCAUGUCGGAGAGCACGGAGAAACACGCCAGGUUGCAGGCAGUGAUGUGCAUCAUAAGCACCAUCAUGGAGUCCUGCCCCUCAACCUCCAGCUUCUACAGCACCGCGGCCACCAAGACCCAACACAACGGCAUGAACAACAUCAUCCGACUGUUCCUGAAGAAGGGGCUGGUCAACGACCUGGCCAGAGUGCCCCACAGCCUGGAUCUGUCCAGUCCCAACAUGGCGAACACGGUGAACGCUGCCCUGAAGCCGCUGGAGACCCUGUCCCGCAUCGUGAACCAGCCCAGCAGCCUGUUCAGCAGCAAGAGCGCCUCGAGCAAGAGCAAGAGUGAGCAAGACCAGCACGGGACGUCCCGGGACCAGAACAGCACCGCGCAGGACCAGGGAGACCCCGGAGAGAUGGGGGUCCACGGGGAGCGCUCUGCCCCGCCCCCCGGCACCGACGCGGACCUCAUGGACGGAGAGACAGAGGGGGACAGCGUGGUGAUCGCGGGACAGCCCGAGGUGCUGAACGCGCAGGAGAUGCAGGUAGAGAAUGAACUAGUGGACCUGAUUGAUGAACUACUGGAGAGAGACGGAGGAACAGUCAACAGCACCAUCAUAGUUGGACGCAGUGGGGAAGACGAGUCUCAGGAAGAAGUGUUGAUGGACGAGACGCCCUCCAGCCUGUGCCAGACCUCCACGCUGCAGGCUAACCGGGAAGACUCUAUGAACAUCCUGGACCCUGAAGACGAGGAGCACACCCAGGAGGAGGACAGCAGCGGCAGCAACGAGGACGAAGACAGCCAGGACGAGGAAGAGGAGGAGGAGGAGGAGGACGAGGAGGAAGAGGAUGACCAGGAUGACGAGGAGGGAGAGGAAGGCGACGAGGAGGAUGAUGAUGAUGAUGGCUCGGAGAUGGAGCUGGAUGAAGAUUACCCCGACAUCAACGCCGCUCCACACAUCCGCUUCGAGAGAUUCGACCGGGAGGACGAUCUCAUCAUCGAAUUCGACAACAUGUUCUCUACAGCCACAGAUAUCCCCCCAUCCCCUGGUAACAUCCCCAGCACUCACCCCCUGAUGGUGCGCCACGCUGACCACGGCGCCCUGACCCUGGGGGCGGGCAGCUCCACCACGCGGCUGGCCCAGGGCAUCGGCCGCAGCCAGAGGACCCUCCGGCAGCUCACCGCCAACACGGGCCACACCAUCCACGUGCACUACCCGGGGAACAGGCAGCCCAACCCUCCGCUCAUCCUGCAGAGGUUGCUGGGCCCCUCUGCUGCUGCUGAUAUCCUGCAGCUCUCCAGCUCUCUCCCCCUGCAGUCUCGCGGUCGCGCUCGCCUGCUGGUCGGGAACGACGACGUUCACAUCAUCGCCCGAUCAGACGACGAGCUGCUGGACGACUUCUUCCACGAGCAGAGCGCCCCGGGGGCGCAGGCCGGCACCCUGUCCAGUAUCCCCACGGCUCUGACCCGCUGGACAGAUGAGUGUAAGGUUCUGGAUGCAGAGAGUAUGCACGACUGUGUGGCAGUGGUGAAGGUUCCGAUCGUGCAGCAUCUGGAGAGACUGAGAGACGAAGAGCUGGAGGAGCGGAGAGAGAAGAGGAGGAAGCAGCUGGCUGAGGAAGAGGAGGCAAAGGAGAAGGAGGAGAGCAUGCAGACUCCUGGAUCCAGGACUGUGGAGACUACUGGUCAGACUCAAGCAGAUGGCGAUCAACCCCAGCUGGUCUCCUCCUCCUCCCUGGACACCCCCCGAGGCUCGGAGGGCUACCUCACAGCCCCCCCCUCAGGAGAGGGGACCCCCACGGGGCCCGAGGCCCUGGUCACCCUGGAAACAGCGGUGGGACAGCGACAGCCGAUGGCAGGCCGGUUCUCUGAGCUGCACUGUGAUCUCGCGGCCGCGAUGACAUCAGAGCUGGCAGAGGGCUCUCGGAUGGAGACGUCUCCUGCCCCCACGAUUGCCUCUCUCUCUCCAGAGCGUGCUGAAGGCUCGGACGCCCUCACGGCUGUCGGCUCCCAGCUCGAAGGAUCUCCCAUGGAUACCAGCAGCCCCGCCUCCGCCGGAACCCUGGAGGAGCCCGCCCCCGAGACCGUCGCCACGGCAGCGCCAAUCGCAGGCAGCGCAGAGCUCCAAGGGGGAGGAGCCGGGGAUGAGAGCGAGGCUCACAGGGAGGGAGAGAGCAGCUCGGCUCCCGCCUCCUCCACAGGGGAAGGUCUUCCUGCGAGUGACGGGGCCGGUGGCCAAUCCCAGACCAUCCAGGAGGAGCCCCUCCCCUCCACCAGCAGGGAAGAGGAGGACCCGCUGGCAGGUCUGUGUGUUUCAGGAAUCAACCUCCCUGAGGGAGUGGAUCCCUCCUUCCUGGCUGCUCUACCGGAGGAUAUCCGCAGAGAGGUGCUGCAGAACCAGCUGGGCAUCCGACCCCCCGCCCGGCCCGCCCCCUCCGCCACCGCGACCGCGCCCCUCCCUGCCCUCGUGGGCAACGCCGGGGUCACCGAGGUCAGCCCCGAGUUCCUGGCUGCGCUGCCCCCUGCCAUUCAGGAGGAGGUCCUGGCCCAGCAGAGGGCGGAGCAGCAGCGACGGGAGCUGUCCCAGACCCCCACGGGGGACGCCCCUCUAGACCCGGUCACCUUCAUCCAGACCCUGCCCUCGGAGCUGCGUCGCAGCGUGCUGGAGGACAUGGAGGACAGCGUGCUGGCAGUGAUGCCCCCGGACAUCGCGGCCGAGGCGCAGGCCCUGCGACGGGAGCAGGAGGUCCGGCAGAGGCAGCUCAUGCACGACAGGCUGUUCGGACACAGCAGCUCCUCGGCGCUGUCUGCCAUCCUGCGCAGCCCCGCCUUCACCAGCCGGCUAGGAGGCAACCGGGGGGUGCAGUACACCCGGCUCGCCGUGCAGAGGGGGGGGGCCUUCCAGAUGGGGGGCAGCGGCAGCCACACCCGACCCACCAGCUCCAACGUGGACUCCCUCCUGCGUCUCCGUGGCCGUCUCCUGCUGGACCACGAGGCCCUGUCCUGCCUGCUGGUGCUGCUCUUCGUGGACGAGCCCAAGCUGAACACCAGCCGUCUGCACCGCGUCCUCCGGAACCUGUGCUACCACACCCAGACCCGGGGCUGGGUGAUCCGGAGCCUGCUGUCCAUCCUGCAGCGCAGCAGCGAGAGCGAGCUGUGCAUCGAGAGCCCCCGGACCCACGCAGGAGGAGGGGGAGCCCCGGAGGAGAGGGGCAGCAAGCGCCCAGUCUCCACAGCCCUGGCCCUGGCCUCCGGCGGUAAAGGGGCUCCCUGUGGAGCCUCCACUUCGUCAUCGUCUUCUUCCACCGCUCCGACUCCCUCCUCCUCCUCCUCCUCUCCGCUCGAGCUGCUCCACAAGGUGGAGUCGAAGAGCUCCAGCCAGCUGUCCUGGCUGUCCGUCUCCAUGGACGCGGCGCUCGGCUGCAGGACCAGCAUCUUCCAGAUACAGAGGUCCGCCGGGCGCAAGCACACGGAGAGGCACAGCGGGGGGAGUGCAGGAGGGGGAGGUGGGGGAGCAGGAGCAGGAGGAGGGGGAGGGGGCUCCACGGUUCAUAUACACCCCCAAGCUGCUCCAGUGGUGUGCAGGCAUGUGCUCGACACGCUGAUACAGCUGGCCAAGGUAUUCCCCAGCCACUUCACCCAGCAGAGACCGAAGGACCCCCUCUCCUCGUCCUCGGACGGCGACAGCAGGGAGAGGCUGGGUGGGGGAGGCGGAGUGAAGCCCCUCUCUUCUGGGGGUCUCGCCCCUUCCUGCCCUCCCAGCCAGCCCGCUCCCUCCCUGUCCAUCCCCCAGAUCCUGGGCCUCUCCACGGACUUCUGGGACCUGCUCGUGAAACUGGACAACAUGAACGUGAGCCGCAAGGGCAAGGCGUCUGUGAAGUCUCUGCCCGUAGGGGGCGCCGGGGAGUCGGAGGGCCCCCAGGGCAGCCUGGAGGCCUCCCCGCUGGGGCAGCUCAUGAACAUGCUCUCGCACCCGGUCAUCCGGCGCAGCUCCCUGCUGACCGAGAGGCUGCUGCGGCUGCUGUCCCUCAUCUCCAUCGCGCUGCCCGACAACAAGGCCAGCGAGGGCCCCGCCCCUCACCUCCAGGCCCCGCCCGCCCCUGUGGGAGCUGUCGGAGUCGUGGGCGCCAUGGCGACGGCCGCAGCCGUUGCUACCACGCUGCCAGCCAGCGUUGCCAGCAGCACAGCCGCGGCCCCCAAGCCCUCCCAUUCCCCAGCGAAGGCCUGUCUGGACUCGGCCAGUCUCUCCGAUAGCAAGCUGGCAUCGAGUGGCCUCACUGAGAAGCAGCUGCAGCUGUCCGUGGAGGUGUUGACGUCUCACUCGUGUUCAGAGGAAGGACUGGAGGACGCGGCUAACAUCCUGCUGCAGCUGUCCCGGGGGGACGCGGGGACGAGGGACACCGUCCUCAAACUGCUGCUGAGUGGAGCCAGACACCUGGGCUGCACGCUGUGCAAGCAGAUCGGCACCCUGCUGGGCGAGCUCAGGGAGUAUAAUCUGGAGCAGCAGAGGAGGGUGCAGGCAGACUCCCACUCUCCGGACACGCUGAGCGACGAGCAGACCCUGAGCACCAUGCUGAAGGGCAAGGUCUCCAGCAGGUUCGACGUGGCGGAGAGCGUGGUCAUCGUGGCCUCUCAGAAGCGCCCCCUGGGUGGCCGCGAGCUGCAGCUGCCCUCCAUGAGCUCCCUAACCUCCAAGACCUCCACGCAGAAAUUCUUCCUGAGAGUCCUGCAGGUCAUCAUCCAGCUGAGAGAGGACACGCGGCGAGCUAACAAGAAGGCUAAGCAGAGCGGGAGACUGGGCACCUCCAGUCUGGGCUCUGCCAGCAGUAUCCAGGCUGCGGUCCGACAGUUGGAAGCCGAGGCCGACGCGAUCAUCCAAAUGGUACGUGAGGGUCAGAGAGCCAGGAGGCUGCAGCACACUGCCGGGACCACCGGCACCACCUCCACCAUCACCACCACCACCACCACCUCCAGCGCCUCGAGCGUGCUGCCUGCUGCUGCUGCUGCUGCUGCUGCUGCCUCUCCUGCUGCCUCUGCUGCUGCCAGCGCCACAGUCACUGCCUCCUCCGCUACGUCUGAAGCCCCCCAGGCAGAAGCCCCCUCAGGUCGGAGGGAUGAGUCCCCGAUGGACGUUGAUCAGCUGUCCCCGGCUGGACAAGAGACCUCGGCUCUGGGUGCGGAGUCCAGCAACAGCUCCCUGGCGGUGGAGCCGGAGGAGAAGCUGCCAGAGCUGCCCCUGCUGAGUGAACAGCUGCUCCUGGACGAGCUGUGGAGCAUGCUGGGAGAGUGUCUGAAAGAGCUGGAGGAGUCCCACGACCAGCACGCUGUACUGGUCCUGCAGCCCGCAGUGGAAGCGUUCUUCCUCGUGCACGCCACGGAGCGAGAGAGCAAGCCGCCCGUGCGAGACACCAGGGAGAGCCAGCUGUCACACAUCAAGGACGAGCCCCCUCCCCUGUCCCCCGCCCCCCUCACCCCCGCAACCCCCUCCUCGCUGGACCCCUUCUUCUCCCGGGAGCCAUCCUCCAUGCACAUCUCCUCCAGCCUGCCCCCCGACACACAGAAGUUCCUCCGAUUUGCAGAGACUCACCGCACUGUCCUCAACCAGAUCCUUCGUCAGUCCACCACUCACCUGGCUGACGGGCCCUUCGCUGUGCUAGUGGAUUACAUCAGGAUCCUGGACUUCGACGUCAAGCGCAAGUAUUUCCGUCAGGAGCUGGAGCGCCUGGACGAGGGGCUGCGGAAGGAGGACAUGGCCGUCCACGUGAGGAGAGACCACGUGUUCGAGGACUCGUACCGGGAGCUGCAUCGCAAGAGCCCCGAGGAGAUGAAGAACAGACUGUACAUCGUGUUUGAAGGGGAGGAGGGUCAGGAUGCGGGGGGCUUGCUGCGGGAGUGGUACAUGAUCAUCUCCAGGGAGAUGUUCAACGCCAUGUAUGCCCUGUUCCGCACCUCGCCCGGCGACCGGGUCACCUACACCAUCAACCCCUCCUCUCACUGCAACCCCAACCACCUCAGCUACUUCAAAUUUGUGGGCCGCGUGGUGGCCAAGGCCGUGUACGACAACCGGCUGCUGGAGUGCUACUUCACACGCAGCUUCUACAAGCACAUCCUGGGCAAGAGCGUCAGGUACACAGACAUGGAGAGUGAGGAUUACCAUUUCUAUCAGGGGCUCGUCUACCUGCUGGAGAACGACGUGUCCACCCUGGGAUACGAGCUGACCUUCAGCACUGAGGUCCAGGAGUUCGGGGUGUGCGAGGUGAGAGACCUGAAGCCCAACGGAGGCAACAUCCUCGUCACGGAGGACAACAAGAAGGAGUACGUGCACCUGGUGUGCCAGAUGAAGAUGACAGGCGCAAUCCGUAAACAGCUGGCUGCGUUCCUGGAAGGGUUUUACGAGAUCAUUCCCAAGAGACUGAUCUCCAUCUUCACAGAGCAGGAGCUGGAGCUGCUCAUCUCAGGACUGCCCACCAUCGACAUAGACGACCUCAAAGCAAACACCGAGUACCACAAAUACCAGUGCAGCUCCAUACAGAUCCAGUGGUUCUGGCGGGCCCUGCGCUCCUUCGAUCAGGCGGACCGGGCCAAGUUCCUGCAGUUCGUGACGGGCACCUCCAAGGUGCCUCUGCAGGGCUUCACCGCGCUGGAGGGCAUGAACGGCAGCCAGAAAUUCCAGAUUCACAGAGACGACCGAUCCACAGACAGGCUGCCCUCCGCGCACACGUGUUUUAACCAGCUGGACCUGCCUGCCUAUGAGAGCUAUGAGAAGCUCCGUCACAUGCUACUGCUUGCCAUCCAGGAGUGCUCUGAAGGAUUUGGGUUGGCGUAACCACGGUGAUAGAGAGAGAGAGAAUGAGAGGAAGAAGAGAGAACACAAGAGCGCCAUCACUCUCCACUGAGCCUUCUGACUGGACUUGAACCUGGAGCCGGGGCAAGAUAGCGCAGCCGCUUGAGAGAGAGAGAGAGAAAUCGCACACAGACUGUAACACCACAGAGAAACGUGACCAUGCCUGAACGAAAACAAGCAGGAGGGAAUAGAGAUAUAUAGAUUUUGACUAAAAAAAAAGAGGGGUUUUCUAAGGAGAGAUUGACGACCAACAACCGAGAAAGGGAAUGCGUUUAAAAUGAGAGAGAAAUACAUUUUGGAAAUAAUAAAAAAAUAUUAAAUACAAAUAAAAAGUGAUAGAUGGCAUUCUGUUUACUUCUCUUACAGAAUAUGUGAUGGCGUGAUGUCCUAAAAAUUUAAUAUUAUUAAAAAUGCAAAACUAAAUGAGAUUUUUUUUUUUUUUUUUAGAAAUGAUAAAUUUAACUCCAGUUGAAACCAGACAACUAACUCCACUACCCGCUGUCUUCUCUCUCUUCAUUUCCUGCUGGUCACGCCCUCUCUCUCAUUUCUCUUCUGUCGCUAAUUUUCAAUUUGCUUAUAAAUAAGAUACAAGAAAGAAAUAAAUAAAUUAAAAGGUUCCCUCAUGCUGCUUGUAUAUAAGACAGGAAAACAGUUGUGAUGAUGAUGAUGAUGAUGAUGAUAAAUACAUGCUGUUAAAAACGAAA